UUGACAGCAUGGCUGCCACGGCUUUGGAUUCCGAAAUCAUGAAAAGUGAUAAAUAUUCGAUAUUAUUGCCCACAUACAAUGAGAGAGAAAAUUUGCCCAUAAUAAUAUGGCUCAUUAUGAAAUAUUUGGAGAAAAGUGGCUACGAUUUUGAAGUGAUAAUAAUUGAUGAUGGAAGUCCCGACGGUACGCUGGAUGUGGCGAAACAGCUGCAAAAGCUGUAUGGAUCCAGUAAAAUUGUUUUGCGCCCGAGGGAAAAGAAACUAGGUUUAGGCACAGCGUACAUGCAUGGAAUAAAACACGCCACUGGAAACUUUAUCAUUAUUAUGGACGCUGACCUUAGUCAUCACCCAAAAUUCAUUCCUACGAUGAUAGACCUCCAACGCAAGCAGGACUUUGAUGUGGUAUCCGGUACUCGUUACACGGAUGGCGGUGGAGUCUACGGCUGGGACUUUAAGCGCAAGCUCAUCUCCCGCGGUGCCAACUUUGUGACACAGAUGCUGCUGCGACCGGGGGCUUCUGACUUGACAGGGUCGUUUAGAUUGUACAAGAAGGACAUCUUGCAGAAGCUCAUAGACAGUUGUGUGUCCAAGGGCUAUGUGUUCCAAAUGGAAAUGAUUAUCAGAGCACGCCAACUAGACUACACGAUCGGCGAGGUGCCCAUAACGUUCGUGGACCGCGUGUAUGGAGAGUCCAAGCUCGGAGGCUCCGAGAUCGUGCAGUUCGCGAAGGCUCUACUAUAUCUGUUCGCUACCACGUGAUCUUGCUGUGGGGUGAAGGGGGGGGGGGGGGGAAGCGGGGG